CCAUGGCCAUGUCCCUCCACGCCACACGUCCCCGUCCUGGUGUGGACAUGUCCUCCUGGGCCAAGUGCCACCGUCCAUGGCCAUGUCCCUCCGUGCCACCGUCCUGGCCCAGGUAGGGGAGGGGGUGGAGCCACUUGCGGUGAGUGGGCGUGGCCACAGCCAGACAGUGGGCGGUGCCACUGCCAGACAAUGGGCGUGACCCUUGCCAGGCAGUGGGCGUGUUCACGGCUUCACCCAGCCCUAAUGUGGGCGUGGUUACAAGCCAAAGCAACGAGUAGGCGGGAGUCACGCCGGUGCUUUCCGGUCAUGUGAUACAGGCGAUUGAAGCCGCUCUGCGGCGGCGUUAUGGCGGCCCCGGCCGAAACGGAGCGGCUGCUAGGCCGCGGCCCGGGCUACGGUACCACGGAGUCUCCUGUGGUGGCGGAGGAAGAAGAGCUACGACGUCGCCUUAAGUAUUUUUUUAUGAGUCCCUGUGAUAAAUACCGGGCCCGGGGACGGCGACCCGUUAAAUUGGGGCUGCAGCUGGCCAAGAUCCUCCUUGUCACCGUUCAGCUCAUCCUCUUCGGGCUCAGCAACCAGAUGGUGGUGACGUUCAAGGAGGAGAACACCAUCGCCUUCAAGCACCUCUUCCUGAAGGACUACGUGGACGGCGCGGACGACUCCUACGCCGUCUAUACGCAGCACGACCUCUACGACCGCAUGUUUUACGCCGUGGAGAAGUACUUGGCCAUUCCCAACGAGACCAUCGGCCGCUACGCCUACGUGCGGGCAGAGAGCGGAGGAAACUGGUCGGCCCUCAUGCUGUGCCAGCAGUACUACCGUAAAGGACGCAUCGAUCCGGCCAACGACACCUUCAACAUCGACCCCAAGAUCGUCACGGACUGCCUGGGAGUGGACCCCGAGGACCCCCAGCCUCUUCCUCCGGAGCUGGACCGUAACUACAAGAACUUCACCCUCAAAUUUCACAAACUCAUCAACGUCACCAUCCAGUUCAAGCUGAAAGCCAUCAACAUCCAAACCAUCAUCAACAACGAGAUCCCCGACUGUUACACCUUCACCAUCACCAUCACGUUCGACAAUAAGGCGCACAGCGGCCGGGUGAAAAUCCACCUCGACAACCAGGCGGACAUCAAGGAGUGCAAAGAUCCCAGCGUCUUCGGCCGAGGUGACAACUCCUUACGGCUGUUCUUCGACGUCGUCGUCAUCCUCGUCUGUUCGCUCUCCUUCAUCCUCUGCGCUCGCUCCAUCAUCCGGGGCCUGAUGCUGCAGCACGAGUUCAGCCGGUUUUUCCAGCGCCGUUACAACCAGAGCGUGUGUCUGUCAGACCGCAUGGAAUUCCUCAACGGUUGGUACAUCCUCCUGGUGAUCAGCGACGUCCUCACCGUGCUGGGAACCAUCAUGAAGAUCGGCAUCGAGUCCAAGAACUUUGCCAGCUACGACGUCUGCAGCAUCCUCCUGGGCACCUCCACGCUGCUGGUCUGGGUCGGCGUCAUUCGCUACCUCAGCUUCUUCCAAAAGUACAACAUCCUCAUCGUCACGCUACGGGUGGCCCUCCCCGACGUCAUCCGCUUCUGCUGCUGCGUGGCCGUCAUCUACCUGGGCUACUGCUUCUGCGGCUGGAUCGUCCUGGGCCCGUACCACGUCAAGUUCCGAUCCCUUUCCAUGGUGUCCGAGUGCCUCUUUUCCCUCAUCAACGGGGACGAUAUGUUCGUUACCUUUGCCGAGAUGCAACAGAACAGCUACUUGGUGUGGCUCUUCAGCCAGAUCUACCUGUACACCUUCAUCAGCCUCUUCAUCUACAUGGUCCUCAGCCUCUUCAUCGCCCUCAUCACCGGCUACUAUGAGACCAUCAAGCACCAGUGCGAGGGCGAAACGCCCGUCUCCCAGCUCCACGCCUACAUCGCCCAGUGCAAGGACAGCCCUAAAUCGGGCAAGUACCGUCGCGACAGCGCCUCAUCCUGCUCCGUCUUCUGCUGCUGCGAGCGGGCUCCUCUGCAAGACAACGCACUGCUGGUGAAUUGAGGGGAGGACCCCCCACCCCCCCACCCCGUGACGCGGACCCCCGGGGACACAAAGGAGCGGUACCCCGUGCUCCCCCCCCUCCCGGCGCCCCCGAGCGCUUUUAAUUUAUUUUAUCGUCGGCUUUUAUCGGCUUGGGGUCCGGAAGGAGCGGGGAGAACUGGCGCCCAACGUCCCCUGCGCUUUUGGGGGGGCACUCGACCUUGGCCUUGCUGCUCCCAAUCCCGAACUGGAGCCAGGGAGUCCCUCGGGGGCUCAGUGUGGACCUCUCGGACGUGUUUUUGGGGACAACCCGGAGCUCCGUGACCCCUCGGACGUGUUUUUGGGGGGCAGCCCGGAGCCCUGUGAUCCCUUGGAUGUGUUUUUGGGGACAACCUGGAGCCUCGUGACCCCCUCGGACGUGUUUUUGGGGACAGCCUGGAGCCCUGCGACCCCCUCGGACAUGUUUUUGGGGAGCAGCCCGAAGCCCUGUGACCCCUUGGCCCUAUUUUGGGGCUCAUCCCCCAGCCUUGCAACCCCUCGGACGUGUUUUUGGGGACAACCCGGAGUCCUGCGACCCCUCGGACAUGUUUUUGGGGACAACCUGGAGCCUUGUGACCCUUUGGCUGCGUCAAGGAUGUGGCUGAAGCCCCUGGUUCCUUGGCCGUGUUGGGGACUCGUCCACCCCCUCCUCGUCCCCGAGCCCCGUGGCCCCUUGGCCGUGUCGGGGACUCAUCCCCCCCCUCGUCCCCAAGCCCAGCUGCCCUGUGACAGCGCGAGGGACUCGUCCCCAAGCCCUGCAGCCAUUUCAGGGGGAGCCCGGAGGCACGACAGGCCGCGGCGGCUCCCUUUGACCCCCACCCGGGACGGGACGGGGGGGGCAGCGGGGUAAAAGCGAAACGGGUGCCCCCGUCCCCUCCUCGGCAUCGCGCCCUGGAGCUGUUUACGCGCGGCGGGACGGGUCAAGGGCGCGUUUUGUAACCGGAGGAGCAGCUGCUCCAGGCUGGAGCGGGGCCAGCGGCCGCUCGCACCAGGCACUGCCGCCUCCGCCUGCCUUCCCCGCGUCCAAAAAGGCCGAAUUUAACCCCAAAUCGGAGAGACCGCCCGUGGUGGGGAGGUGUUUGGUGCUUUCUCAUUCAUGGACUGAGUUGUGGCCAGUCUCAGCUGCGGGGGGGGGGUGGUGGUGGGGUGUUUCUCUCCCUGGGUUUUGCUCCCCGUUUUGGGGUGGCCGGGGGUGAGUUGUGCCCUCUGUGGGGUCCUGGUGGGUGCCCCCCCCCCCACCCCGUGGCGGGAUAAUAAAGCGCCCUGGGAGAA